UUAGUCACUAUAAUGAUGUCUCCACGUAUGAAUCUUUCGCCGUUUCUGCUCUUGCUGCUCGUUCUCUUUGUUAGCACUUGUUGCUGCCAACUUACCAUAACUCCCCGGGAGUGUCCGCCAAAUGAAACAUUCCUGCCCUGUGGUCCCAGUUGCCAGACGGAAUGCUCGACAUUGGGUCAACCCUGCCUGGUACGACAUAUACGCUGUCCCGAUGGCUGCUAUUGCAACAAGGGGUAUGCCAGGAAUGCACGAGGAACAUGCAUUCCUCAGGCUCAAUGUGGUCGUCGAGGAUAUUAAUUGAAAAAUGUCUAAAGCAAUGAUAAAGUUAUUAAAAUGUGUCGAUUGUCGAUCAAACAACA